AUGUCGAAUAGUCUUCAGCAUGCAAGUGGUCCUCCUAUUCCUCCUCUUUCCGAAUCGUCAUCUUUGGCGAGUGAUGAAUCCAAUCAUAGUUUAAUAUCAUCGUUGAUAUCAAAAAUUAGAGAAAAGUUUUCAUCCACGAAUCAUGAGCUUGUGAGACAUCUCAUCAUCCUUCAUCACAACAAGGUGAUUUAUAGAGAAGAUACAAAUCAAGCGUCAUGUGUUAUUACAUCUCCUGCUCUUCUUACAGAUCAAAUGUUCAAUGAGAGUCAUGUCACUCCAUCAUCAUCAUGGUUGCCUGUUGCCACUUCCCAUUCGGAGCAUGUCGAACAAGAACAACAACAAUUUUGCUUGUCGAGUAUUGAAUGGAGUGAUGGAACCAAGUUCAUUAUUACACAACGAUUGUCACCUUCACAAAAUACAAUCAUUGCAACCACUCUUCACCAAAGACAAAGUAUGAUUUUGUCUCAAAUAUUUUCGAAUUGUUUUUUAGUAUUGAGGUUUGAGCGAAUGCAUGGUGUGAGUAUGAGUAAGGUCUUGCAAGAUGCUGUUAGUUUCAUUGGAGAAAUGUUGGAAUUGUGA